UCUGUUCUCUUUAAGUAGUGCCGCCCAUUCUCAAAAUUCAUCAUCAUAACCUCCACUUGCACCACCUAGCUAGUGCUUAUAAUUCAAAUAUCUUUCCUUUUCUUGUGCCUUUUUCACGGAAAAGAAUACUCAGAGGCUGAGGUCGAACACUUUCAUGGCUUCCAAGUUACUGGCGUUAGCUUGCAUUCGCAAAGAGAGCUAUGGCGAUUUGUUGCCCAGACCACACUACCCCUCCAUGCCAAAAUACCCCAAAGGCGUUUCCGGGCAAGAAACGAACGUGCAGGGGUCGGAGGCGAAGGCUAUGUUUUCUGUCAUCGGAAUGACGUGCGCUGCUUGUGCUGGAUCCGUCGAGAAAGCCGUCAAACGUCUUCCCGGUAUACGCGAGGCUGCCGUCGAUGUCUUGAAUAAUCGCGCUCAAGUUUUAUUCUAUCCGAGUUUCGUUAACGAAGAAACCAUUCGUGAGGCCAUUGAAGAUGCGGGAUUUGAGGCCACACUGAUUCAAGAUGAGACCAGUGAUAAAUCCACUCAGGUCUGCCGGAUACGCAUUAAUGGAAUGACUUGCACUUCUUGCUCCUCUACAGUUGAACGAGCUCUGCAAGCAAUUCAAGGUGUACAAAAAGCUCAAGUGGCAUUAGCAACUGAAGAAGCAGAAGUUCUCUAUGAUCCAAGGAUUCUGAGCGACAACCAGCUGUUACAGGCCAUAGAGGAUACGGGAUUUGAAGCUAUACUCAUCAGUACUGGUGAAGACAUGGACAAGAUACAGCUUAAAGUUGACGGUAUAAGGUCAAACAAUUCAAUGAGAAUGAUUGAAAAUUCUCUUCAAGCACUUCCUGGCGUUCAUAAUAUAGCCAUAGACCCUGAAGUCAACAAGUUUUCUCUUUCUUACAAACCAGAAAUGACUGGUCCUAGAAAUUUUAUCAGAGUGAUUGAAUCAACUGGAAGCGGACGAUUCAAGGCUAUGAUAUUUCCUGAAGGAUCAGGAGGAAGAGAAAGCCAUAGACGAGAGGAAAUUAAGCAAUACUACAGAUCCUUCCUAUGGAGUUUGGUUUUCACAGUUCCUGUAUUCUUAAUAUCCAUGGUUUUUAUGUACAUCCCCGGAAUUAAGGAUGCACUGCACACCAAAAUAGUCAAUAUGCUGACUAUAGGAGCAAUUUUGAUGUGGGUUCUAUCCACUCCAGUGCAGUUCAUCAUUGGCCGACGAUUCUAUACAGGGGCCUACAAAGCAUUAAGGCAUGGUUCUGCUAAUAUGGAUGUUCUGAUCGCCUUAGGAACAAAUGCAGCCUACUUCUAUUCUGUCUACUCUGUGUUGAGAGCGGCUACUUCUCCAGAUUUCAUGGGGACGGAUUUCUUUGAGACUAGCGCAACGCUUAUAUCAUUCAUUCUUCUUGGAAAGUAUCUAGAGGUUUUGGCUAAAGGAAAGACAUCUGAGGCUAUUGCUAAGCUUAUGGACUUAGCACCUGAUACAGCAAUAUUAUUAACUCUAGAUGAUGAAGGAAAUGUGAUUAAUGAAGAAGAGAUUGAUAGCCGGUUGAUACAGAAGAACGAUGUGAUUAAAAUCAUUCCUGGUGCAAAAGUAGCUUCAGACGGUUUUGUUUUAUGGGGUCAGAGCCAUGUCAAUGAAAGUAUGAUAACAGGAGAAGCACGACCAGUGGCAAAGACGAAAGGAGAUCCAGUGAUAGGAGGUACCGUGAAUGAGAAUGGAGUAUUGCAUAUCAAGGCAACAAAGGUUGGAUCAGAAAGUGCUCUUUCGCAGAUUGUUCGUCUUGUUGAGUCAGCGCAGAUGGCUAAAGCUCCUGUACAGAAAUUUGCUGAUCGUAUUUCCAGGUUCUUUGUGCCUCUGGUCAUCAUUCUUUCACUCACAACUUGGCUUGCGUGGUUUUUAGCUGGAAAGUUCCAUGGCUACCCAGAGUCUUGGAUACCAAAUUCCAUGGAUAGCUUUGAGCUAGCGCUUCAAUUUGGAAUCUCUGUUAUGGUCAUAGCCUGCCCAUGUGCUCUUGGAUUAGCAACUCCAACUGCUGUCAUGGUUGGUACAGGAGUUGGCGCAUCUCAGGGUGUUCUAAUCAAAGGUGGCCAAGCAUUAGAAAGUGCACACAAGGUGAAUUGUAUUGUGUUUGACAAGACAGGAACUCUUACAGUUGGAAAGCCAGUGGUUGUUAACACAAAACUCUUCAAAAAUAUGGUACUUAGAGAUUUUUACGAACUUGUUGCUGCAGCUGAGGUAAAUAGUGAGCACCCUUUAGCCAAAGCUAUUGUAGAGUAUGCCAAGAAAUUCAGAGAAGAUGAAGAGAACCCAAUUUGGCCAGAGGCACAAGAUUUUGUCUCCAUUACUGGCCAUGGAGUGAAAGCUAUAGUCUGCAACAGGGAAAUAAUAGUAGGAAACCGAAGCUUAAUGCUCGAUCACAACAUUGCCAUUCCAGUUGAUGCUGAAGAGAUGCUUGCAGAAACUGAAGAGAUGGCUCAAACUGGGAUUUUAAUAUCUGUAGAUGGAGAAAUCACUGGAGUACUAGCCAUAUCUGAUCCGCUGAAACCAGGAGCACAUGAAGUCAUUUCCAUUCUCAAGUCUAUGAAAGUUAGAAGCAUAAUGGUGACAGGUGACAACUGGGGAACUGCCAAUUCCAUUGCUAGGGAAGUUGGGAUUGAAACUGUCAUGGCAGAAACCAAACCCGAGCAGAAAGCGGAGAAAGUGAAAGAGUUACAGGCCUCAGGCUAUGUAGUGGCAAUGGUAGGCGAUGGAAUAAAUGAUUCUCCGGCACUUGUAGCAGCAGACGUUGGAAUGGCCAUUGGUGCAGGCACAGAUAUAGCUAUCGAGGCAGCUGACAUAGUUCUGAUGAAAAGCAACCUGGAGGAUGUGAUCACUGCUAUAGAUCUUUCCAGGAAGACUUUUUCCCGUAUUCGUCUAAACUACAUUUGGGCUCUGGGCUAUAAUCUACUAGGCAUUCCAAUAGCAGCUGGGGCACUUUUCCCAGGUGCUGGAUUCCGUUUACCGCCAUGGAUUGCUGGAGCUGCUAUGGCAGCUUCUUCAGUCAGUGUGGUUGUGUGUUCCCUCCUGUUAAAAUAUUACAAGAGACCCAAGAUUCUGGAAAACCUUGAGAUUCGCGGAAUAAGGAUCGAGUGAUCUACUACUGCGGUUGUCAAACAAGUUGUGUUUAUAUACGAAUAAAAAGCUAUGCUUGUAUGUACGAAUAAUAGGCAACUUCUCUUAGCAAAGUUUCCUAAAAUCUACAAAUGUAAAUGACAGGAAAGAAAACGAUCUUUCUAGCUAGGAAGCAAUAAAAAAGUACAGGAUUUUUG